AUGGCCACUCAAACCGACACGGUCAAGGCCGCUGCGCCAGAUACCAUUGAGAUCCAGAGCAAAGAAAAGGAUGCGACGUCCGUAACGUCAGCUACUGGCAAACCCGCAGCCCCACAGCCAGAGCCUGCGUCCGGGUGGUUUCAUUGGCACGAGCCCGGGACCUCGAAGGAGGAGAAGAAGCUGAUCUUCAAGCUGGACUGGUUCCUGCUCAGCUGGAGCUGUCUCAUGUUCUUCGUCAAACAGCUUGAUCAAAACAACAUCUCCAAUGCCUAUGUCUCAGGCAUGUCCGAGGAGCUCAAGUUCGGCCCAGGUAACGAGCUCUCAUGGAUGAACACGUACUUCAGCAUUGGUACCAUCAUCGGUGGCUCCUUCGCCAAUUUGAUCAUCACCGUUGUUCGUCCCCGAUACUGGCUGUGCGGAUGCCUCAUGACCUGGUCCAUCUUCGUCUUGUUUCUGUACAAGUGCAACACUGCCUCCCAAUUCUACGCUCUGCGAUUCUUCAUCGGCCUUUUUGAGUCGGCUGCCUGGCCCGGCGUCAUGUACUGCAUUGGGUGCUGGUACCGCAAGAGUGAGUUGUCCCGACGAUCAGGCCUCUUCGUCAUGAGCGGUGUCUUGGGCCAGAUGUUCUCGGGGUACUUGCAAUCUGCUCUGUACACUGGUAUGGAAGGCAGGGGUGGACUGUCCGCCUGGCGCUGGCUCUUCAUCUUCGAUUUCAUCAUUGCCAUUCCCGUCGUUGUCUACGGUCUUAUCUGCUUCCCUGAUACCCCCCACACCACCACUGCCUGGUACCUGAAUGACUGGGAGAAGCAGCGCUGCCGCGAGCGCAUCGAGGAGGAGGGCCGGAAGCCCGUCGGUAAGCUCGACUGGACCAUCAUCCGCCGCAUCUUCGGCUCCUGGCAGGUCUACGCCUUCACCCUCGGCUACUCCUUCUGGACCCUCACCUGCGGCUCCUACAUCAUCCAGUACUUCACCCUCUACCUCAAGUCCACCAAGCUCUACACCGUCCCCGAGAUCAACAACAUCCCCACCUCGGUCGGCGCCGUCAACUUCCUCUUCAUGGUCACCACGGGCUACGUGUCCGACAAGAUCGGCAGCCGCGCCCCCGUCUGCUUCGCCGUCGGCUCCCUGCUCACCUUCGUCUACGCCGUCCUCACCGCGUGGACCGUGCCUCACACCCUCCGGCUGGCCGUAUUCAUCCUCGCGGGCUGCUACGGGUGCUACACGCCCCUCCUGGCCGGGUGGACCAACGAGGCCUGCGGCGGCGACCAGCAGAAGCGCGCGUUCGUCCUCGGCUUCAUGGUGUCCGUGGGCCAGGCUGUCGUCAUCCCCUUCCAACAGCUGCAGAUGCCCAGCAGCCAGGCGCCCCAGUUCGUUGCUACCCACGGAUGGGGCAGCGCGCUUUCUUGGGUUGUGGCACUGACUGUCUGGACUGGAGUUGGUAUCCCUCUUCUUCAGAAGUGGAGGCAGUCCAAGUCCAAGGUCAGUUCUGUUGAGGAGAAUGUAGAGGAGUCGACCUAG